AUGGAUCCCCCGCCAUACUCCGAGUCUUACCAGCCUAAACCCGUCAACAAGGCUGGUCCUAUACUACCCCCUUAUCAACAAGACCAGAUCCCGGGUUAUUCUUCGUCUUUGGGGUUCUCAGGGGUCGCUCUUUUGAAGAAAGAGUUCGAUACGCCAUGGUCGAGCUCUUCUGCCUCGUUGAAGGCUGUUUGUCUCGAGCUCAACUCGAAUCAGCUCAAUAUCUAUGAUUUUAAAGAUAAGGCCUUGGCUGGUAUGGUCGAGGUACUUUUCCAGUACCAGAACCAUGACGAUAAACCGGCAAAGGCUGCUACUGCUCCAGCUGCUGCUUUGGAUAACUACCUCUUUGAUGGGGACGCGUACGGCGAAGAGAGUUUCGAUAACGGGCCAACGGUGUUUGGCAAACUUAAAAAGAAGUAUCUGUCUCAUAAGGCCGAGAAGAAGCUUGCCCAACUACUGGAGUUCUCGCAGUUCGGUAAGAACGGCGUGCUUCUUGAACCUACAGAUGAUUCACAGGCCGCAGCCAAGUUCUCCAAGAAACACAGGGGUAAGAUCUUGCACAGCUUCACGUUACUGAAUCUUCAGCUCGGCGAAGCCCCAUCCACAAACUCUGUUAAUUAUAAGGAGGAUUUGACAUCUCCCACGAGUUCUGCAGCACUUUUGAAGUACAGAAACACACUCCGACUCCGCAUUGAGUACAGUCAGAUUCUUUUGCAUUUCUGGUCUUUCUACGGCAUGGUUCACUGGUAUAGAAACUUGUGCAUUGGCCGGGACCUCUCGUCGUCUCUCGACACACGCAUUCUUUCACGACUCAAGAGUAUCCCUCGUGACUACUCUCCCACCAAUAUUACAUUACUCGGUGCAGCUGCUCGUGAAGCCUUCCGUCCGCUCAGCAUGGAAUCCAAACGCAAUCUGCAAUUGACCUAUGCUAGCUCUUUACAGUCUACAGAUUCUGACGGAGACAGUCUCAUGAGUAGAUGCUCGAAUGACACGACGUGCACGAGCUUGGAGGGCUACGAGAGGAGUUUCGUGGAAGUCAGCGGCUCAAAAAUUACCUGUUUCGAAGAAAUGUAUACGCCGGUGGAGAAGCAGUACAUUUCAAAUUGCAUCCCCGUGCUUAAUCUGUACGAUAAAUGGGCCGGCUCCAAGAUGACGGUCCUGAACUACGAAAAAAUGCUCCCCAAGAACGACUCAAAGAACGUGAACGAAAAGGGUAGAGUAUACAUCCUGCCCAUGUCUUUCUGUUCAUCCGUGAAGUCUUACCAGAAACAGUUCCCGAACCUCAGCAUAACCAAGAAAGAGUGUAAGGAGUACUACGUUGACGAUAAUGGCUUGGUGAGCAUAGACUGCGACAUGAAAUAA